AUGGUUAUUAGUCCCACCACUAUAGACGCCGCGGAGUCCAUCAUGCCGGCUGUCUUGAAGGACAAGCUCCCAGUCGACCAUGAGGAGAUUGUCGUGCUCAGCGCCCUCACCGACGAGGAAUUGCAAGUCGAGAAAACGCUCGUGAGAAAGAUUGAUAUUCGGGUUCUGCCCGUGAUUGUGUUGAUCUACAUCAUGAACUACAUUGACAGAAACAACUAUCCUGCAGCCCGCUUGCAAGGCCUCCAGGAAGAUCUCAACCUCACAGACAAACAGUAUCAAAUCGGACUGUCGAUCUUAUUUGUUGGGUACAUUUUAAUGCAAGUUCCAUCCAACAUGCUUCUCAAUUCCGUGAGCCGUCCAUCCUGGUAUCUUGGAGCUUGCACAAUGCUUUGGGGACUUGUGUCGGCCCUCACAUGUCUAGCCACUAAUUUCAGCUCAAUUCUUGCUUGCCGCUUCCUCCUCGGUUUUAUAGAGGCACCACUUUUCCCAGGCGUCAUGUUCUAUCUGAGUAAAUGGUACACGAAAAAAGAGCUUACCUUCCGCAUGAGCAUCUUUUAUAGCGGCCUACUUAUCAGCGGAGCAUUUGGAAAUUUAAUUGCGGCCGGGAUCUUGAGCGGUUUAGCAGGAAAACGAGGGCUCUCUGCGUGGCAGUGGCUCUAUAUCAUUGAAGGCUGUCUCACUAUUGUUAUUGGUUUCAUCACUGCAGCCUUUCUUCCGGAUUAUCCACACACAUGGAAAUCUCUUUCUCCAGAGCAACAUUAUGUCGCCAAUCGACGAAUUGCGCUGGAAGCCGCCGAAGCCGACCUCGACAAGGAAAUGGAAAUCAGCCAGCUUCAAGGUCUGAAGCUCGCAUUUAUGGACCCGGCAACGUACCUCUUGACAAUCGCUGACUGGGGCCUGGCCGUCGCGGGCAGUUUUCAAAACUAUUUUCCGACACUGGCGGCAACUCUGGGCUACAACCAUAUCGUAUCUCUACUCCUUGUGGCACCACCCUACCUAUUCAUGGUCUUCUUCAUCUUGGGACACUGCUACCUAUCAGAUCGACUGAGCCAUCGCUUCUGGUUCUUUAUUUAUCCACAGCCUUUGGCACUGGUUGGGUUCAUCAUCUUCAUGACUACAAGCUCGUUUGGGCCUCGAUAUUUUGCUUGUUUCUUGUUCUGCUUCUCGUUUACAGCAGUACCGACAGUGUUCUCCUGGGCGGCGAGUUCGAUUUCCCGGCCACCAACUAAGCGAGCAAUCGCUAUCGCCUUUAUGAACUGCUUCGGUUCGACAGCCAAUAUCUGGACACCAUUCAUCUAUCGGGCGCAGGAUGCGCCUCAUUACACGCCUGCAAUGGUUGUCAACAUUAUUGCUGCCGUUAUUUGCGUGAUCUGUGCAGUGAUCCUCAGAUGGCUUCUCAUAAGGAGAAAUCAGGCUUUGGAACGCCAAGAGAAUGAGGCCGUUGAGUUGAGUGAAACCAGCGUAAGGAGACUUCAAAAGACGGCAGAGUUGGAGGGUCUGGACAUCGCAGCUGCUCGUCGCUUGCAGAAAGAUUUUCGCUACCUCAUCUAG